CCAUAAUCGAAAUCAGCUCAGUGUAACUUUGGCCUCGUGGUGAACCGAUCAGGAUUCGAAAAGCAUACAUAUAAACAUUGUUCUGUUAGUAAUAGAAAUCGUCUAGACACGGCUAUGUCCAACUACGUUCCGUUCGUAAAGCCGUACGUCCAGUACAACGAGCACGGCUGGGGUCCGUGCGAGGUGCCCGAAUUGGACGUGCCCUACCAGCCGUUCUGCAAGAGCGAUCGGCUGGGCAAAAUCUGCGACUGGACAGUGGCGGUGCAGGAGAAGAAGUUCCCCAACAAGUAUGCCUCGACCUUCGGCAAUAACAGCCAGUACGCGUACUUCCACGAGGACGACGACGACACCUUCCAUCUGGUGGACAACAGUGGUUUGAGGGGCUUUAGGCCCUAUCAGCGCGGUCGCUACCGCACGAACAAUCGCAACAGUGUGCGGGCCAGGGGUCGCACGGGGCGUGGCAACGUCCAGCAGGGCGUGGCCGGAGGAGCCACCGCUGGGGGCGGGAUGAGCAACAUCACCAAGUACGGAAAGGGCCGUGAGACACGCCGGAAUGUGGGUCGCAGAUUCGGCCGCAAUGCGCCCAUCAGACUCCGCGAAAGUUCCGUGAUGGUGCGCUCUAAUUGGGUUUCGAUCGAGGAGAUCGACUUUCCACGCCUCCUCAAGCUCACACUUCCGAACAUCAAAGAGGGCCAGGACAUCGUCACCUGCGGCUCCCUGGAGUACUAUGACAAGCUGUACGACCGAGUCAAUCUGCGGAAUGAAAAGCCACUGCUCAAAAUGGACCGCAUUGUGCACACCGUUACAACCACGGAUGACCCGGUCAUCCGUCGACUCUCUAAGACCAUGGGCAAUGUCUUCGCCACCGACGAGAUCCUGGCCACCAUUAUGUGCUGCACUCGCUCGAACUACUCCUGGGAUGUGGUCAUCGAGAAACUGGGAGUGAAGGUGUUUUUGGACAAGAGGGACAACGCCCAGUUUGACCUACUCACCGUCAACGAAACUUCGCUGGAGCCGCCGAUGGACGAGGAGGGCUCCAUCAACUCGGCCCAUAGCUUGGCCAUGGAGGCCACGCUCAUCAACCACAAUUUCAGUCAGCAGGUGCUACGCACGGGUGACCAGGACCCGCGCUUCAAGUUCGAUGAGCCCAAUCCCUUCGAAGAGCCGGGCGUGGAACUGGCCGCCAUGGGCUACCGCUACCGCAAGUGGGAGCUUGGCAACGACAUCGUGCUGAUCGCCCGCUGCAAGCACAACGGGGUUGUCCAGGGACCCAAUGGGGAGCUGCAGUUCCUCUCGAUCAAGGCGCUGAACGAGUGGGACUCGAAGGUGACCAACAGUGUGGAGUGGCGCCAGAAGCUGGACACCCAGCGCGGAGCUGUUUUGGCCUCCGAGCUGCGCAACAACGCUUGCAAGCUGGCCCGCUGGACGGUGGAGGCUAUGUUGGCCGGGUCGGAUCAGCUAAAAUUGGGCUACGUGUCCAGGGUGAGUCCGCGGGAUCAUCUGCGCCACGUGAUCCUGGGCACGCAGCAGUUCAAGCCGCAGGAGUUCGCCACCCAGAUCAACCUGAACAUGGACAACGCGUGGGGCAUUCUGCGCUGCCUCGUCGACAUCGUGAUGAAGCAGCCGGACGGAAAGUACCUGAUCAUGAAGGAUCCCAACAAGCCGAUGGUCCGGCUGUACGACAUUCCGGAGAGCACCUUCGACUCCGACGGCGACGAGGAGGAUGACUCCAGCGAGCCCUGUGCCCACUUCACCGGCGACACAUGUCGCACUGACAGAUGCGCUGCCAACACAAAUGCAAUUUAAAUUGAGUUUUUGACCCAGCCCGAACCCGAGCCCGAACCCAAAUACAUAUGCAUAUGAGCGGAGCUAUCACAUGUCAGGGGGAAAAAAGCAAGGGAUCGGGGUGAGUGCAGUCACAGUUAUUUGAGGAUAACAUGGCCACAUCAAUCACUGCGGUUCCAAGAAAUACAGAAUGAAACCCGGCUAAAUAAAUAUGCAUUGCGCAGAACCUCCCCACGAUUACCGACUGACAAUCACAAUAAUUGAUCGGGGGUAGGGACGGAGGGCUGUUUGGUGGGAGAUUGUUUGGCUGACAAACCUCAGGUUCAAUAAAUCACC